AUGAAGUUCCUGGAGCAGGGCCAUUUACUCUCAGACCUGCAGCACGGCUUCGGACAGAACCGCUCGUGUUCUCGACUGCUCUCGACGGAGCAGUGGACUCGAGCAAUGGACGAGGAUGGUAGCGUCAGUGCCGUCUCCACGGACUUCAAAAAGGCGUUCGACAGCGUCCCACACAAACGCCUAAUCUACAAACUUUCUGAAAUUUGGCUAAGAGGAAGGCUGCUGACAUGGGUAACAGAUUUUCUUACCGGGAGAUCGCAAACCGUGUGCGUUGAGGCCUCAAGGUCAACUCCUAACCCCGUUCUAAGUGGUGUACCCCAGGACUCCGUCCUAGGGCCAUUGCUAUUCCUGGUUUACAUUAACGACUGCGUCGACGACCUGGGAUGCAGCGCCAUCAUGUUUGCUGACGAUGUUAAGCUGUGGAGACCCAUCAGAUCUUAUGCAGACACGUACGCGCUUCAAGACAGUCUCAACCGCCUAAACAGUUGGUCAGCUCGCUGGCUCCUCAAUUUUAAUGUGGACAAAUGUGUGGUCCUGAGACUCCGCACCAAAAAGACCAGUAAGGAGGACGAUUCCUUUCGAUACGUCCUGGGUGGGCAGCCACUUUCAAAUGUUGUGGAACAGAAAGAUCUCGGCAUCCCAAUGACCUCAUCUUUGAAACCAUCAUCACAGUGUAAAAGAGCUGUCAAAAGUGCAAUAGGGGUGUUAUUUGCGCUGAGGCGAGGAUUUGUGCAGAUCGAUAAACAGCUGUUCGGAAAAACCUAUGGGAAUUCGUCCGGUCUCACUUAG